AUGGCUAUUGGGUUUAUAUCUCUAUUGUUUUCUCUCUUUUCUUUACUGUUCUUCGGUAUCUCGUUUGCCAAGCCUAUACCAAGAUUCCCUUCUUCAAUCAUUCAACCAGAGAAGCUCUCUGUUUCCGCCCCAAAUGAGCUCUAUAAAGAGAGGUUCUUCACUCAAGUACUGGAUCACUUUACUUUCAGACCCCAGAGCUACAAAACAUUUCAACAAAGAUAUUUGAUCAAUGACAAAUAUUGGGGUGGGGCGGAGAAGAAUGCUCCCAUCUUCUUGUACACAGGAAACGAAGGAGACAUCGAAUGGUUUGCACAAAACACUGGAUUUGUGUUUGACACCGCACCCCAAUUCAAAGCCCUUCUUGUUUUCAUUGAGGGUGAGAGUGAGAAUUGUUACAAAGUGAUCAAAAGAUCAUGGCAAGAAAUUGAAGACACUGCAAGCCAACCUGGAGGCCUCGAAAUACUGAGAAAGUCAUUUAAAAUAUGCAAGAACUACAUUAGUGCGAGUUCUCUCCAAGGCUGGCUUGAAACUGCUUGGGUCUACACAGCCAUGACAGAUUAUCCCACUCCUUCAAAUUUUUUAAGUCCGAUGCCUGCUUUUCCCGUUAAAGAGAUGUGUAAGGCGAUUGACGAUCCAAAGACGAGAAAUAAUACGUUUGCCAAGUUGUACGGUGCGGCUAGUGUUUACUAUAACUAUAGUGGAAUGGCUACGUGUUUCGAUCUCGACGAUGAUUCUGAUCCUCACGGCCUUGGCGGAUGGUCGUGGCAGGCAUGUACGGAGAUGAUAAUGCCAACAUCUGGUAACAAUAAGGAGAGCAUGUUUCCAGCUUCUACGUGGAGCUACAAUGAAAGAGCUUCUUCCUGUAAAGCGGGUUUUGGUGUUGAGCCUAGACCCACUUGGAUUACUGCUGAGUUUGGUGGCCAUGUGAGGGCUCACCAUGUGGACCUCAGAUUCGAAACUAACGAAGAUCCAAAAUGGCUUCGAGAUGUGCGAAAAAGAGAGAGUUAUUGGUUUAGCUACGAUGAAACCGUUGUUGAAGUAAAAAAUUGCCAAAGCAUUGAAACCAAGCACAUGGAGCUUGAUGAAGACAAUAUAGAGCUCGAUGGAGACGAUAUAUAUGAUUAG